AUGAAUGUAUUAGAUAUUAAACUUAAAAAGUUAGACAAGAUCUAUGUUUUAAAUGUAAUGAUUUAUGAUAAUGAUGAAUAUAACAUCACUACAAUACUUCUCACGUGUUUGGAUCAUCUUAGCACAGUAUCAGGAAAUGUAGUUAUAAAUACACCAAAAGAGUUAUCACACUCUGGUAUAACACUUACGGUCGAUGGAUCGGUACAACUACAACUAUCAUCAAAGAGUGUUGGCAUGUUUGAAGCCUUUUACAACUCACUCAAACCAAUUACAAUGCUUCACUAUACCUUUAAUGUUGCAUCGAGUGGCAAGUUUGCUGCUGGUACCACUGAAAUACCAUUUGAAUUUAAAUUGGAACCAUUGCCUGGUCAAACACUAUACGAUACCUAUCAUGGUGUAUUUGUAAACAUUCAAUACACUAUCAAAUGUGAUAUGAUUAGAGGUAUUCUUUCAAAGGAUAUUCAAAAGACUAUAGAAUUUGUUGUUGAAACUCCUUCACCACCAGCAAUGAUUAAAUCAGAUACAGCACCAGUAAACUUUUUAAUUACACCAGAUUCAUUAUCCAACUUUAAGAAAAUAACCAAAUCAGAUGUACCAAACUUUAGAGUAUCUGGUAUAUUGAAUAAUGCUAUAUGUAAUAUUAAUGAUGCUUUCCAAGGUUAUUUGGUCAUUGAAUCUGCAGAUGCUGUCGUUAAAUCUGUCGAAUUACAAUUGGUUAGAGUAGAGACUUGUGGUUGUGCUGAUGGUUUUGCUAAAGAAUUGACCGAAAUUCAAAAUAUACAAAUUGGAGAAGGAGAUGUUUGUAGAGGUCUACAAAUUCCAAUUUGGAUGGUAUUCCCAAGACUUUUCACAUGUAUAACAACAGCUUCACGUACAUUCAAGAUUGAAUUUGAAAUUAAUUUGGUCAUCAUGUUAAAAGAUGGUCAUUUAAUCACUGAAAACUUCCCAAUUAAAUUAAUUCGAUCCUAA